AUGUACAUUUUAGUAAUCAUAGAUGCUUUUACAAAAUUUAUCAGUAUAAGACCUGGCAGAGAUACAAAGACUACUACUACCAUUCGAGUCCUUAAAGAUUUUUUUAGCUAUUUUGGAGCACCAACUCGAUUAAUCACAGACAGGGGUACUUGUUUUACUAGUUCCAAAUUUAAAACCUUUGUAGAAGAUAGUCGUAUUAAACACGUAUUAAACGCUGUAGCAACUCCGCGAGCGAACGGACAGGUUGAGAGAUUUAAUCGAACUAUUUCGGAGGCUCUUAGCGCAAAAUGCCAUGAUAAAAAUGAUAACACCUGGGAUGAAUAUGUUAGUGACGUUCAGCUAGGAUUAAACACAUCAGUUAACAAAAGUACCGGAAAAAGUCCGUCAGAAUUAUUGUUUGGUUAUAACGUUAAAACUGUGUCUGAAAAUAUAUUAGGAGAUAUAAUUAAUACAACUACAGAUCGCAUUAGCGGCGAUGAAUUAAUCAAUCUAAGAAAUGAAUCUAUGCACAAAAUCGAAAAGCAACAAAAUUUAGCCAAACAUCGAUACGACAAGCAUAGAAAGUUAGCCACAAAAUACAACAUUGGUGAUCUAGUUAGAUUAGAAAGAACUACAUUUGAUAAGGAUAGAAUUGGUAAAUCCAAGAAACUAAUGGCUAAAUUUCACGGACCCUAUAAAAUUGUUAAAAUAUUACCCAAUGAUAGAUUUUUGGUUGAAGAUACUCCUAUUACAAGAAAGAAAGGUAAGAAGUACGAAAACGUAGUAUCUAUUGAUAAAAUACAUCCGUGGCUGAACUUUAAAUCAUUGGACAGCGAAAACGACAGUGAUGGUAACGACAAAAGUGAUACAAAAGACAAAAGUGACAGCGAAAACGACAGUGAUGGUAACGACAAGAGUGAAUGA